GCUUCGGGGCGCAGGGCCGAGCGGGGACCCGCGGGGCCGACGGGGCGGCGGCGCCAAGAUGGCCGACCUGGAGGCGGUGCUGGCCGACGUGAGCUACCUGAUGGCCAUGGAGAAGAGCAAGGCCACGCCGGCCGCGCGCGCCAGCAAGAAGAUCCUGCUGCCCGAGCCCAGUAUUCGCAGUGUCAUGCAGAAGUACCUGGAGGACCGGGGUGAGGUGACCUUUGAAAAGAUCUUCUCACAGAAGCUGGGGUAUCUGCUGUUCCGAGACUUCUGCCUGAAGCACCUAGAGGAAGCCCGGCCGUUGGUGGAGUUCUAUGAGGAGAUCAGGAAGUACGAGAAGCUGGAGACGGAGGAGGAGCGCCUGACCUGUAGCCGGGAGAUCUUCGACAGCUACAUCAUGAAGGAACUGCUAGCCUGCUCACACCCCUUCUCCAAAAGCGCCAUUGAACACGUGCAGGGCCACCUGGUGAAGAAGCAGGUGCCUCCGGACCUCUUCCAGCCGUACAUCGAGGAGAUCUGCCAGAACCUCCGUGGGGACGUGUUCCAGAAAUUCAUCGAGAGUGACCGAUUCACACGUUUCUGCCAAUGGAAGAAUGUGGAGCUCAACAUCCACCUGACCAUGAACGACUUCAGCGUCCACCGCAUCAUUGGGCGAGGGGGCUUCGGCGAGGUCUACGGGUGCCGGAAGGCUGACACGGGCAAGAUGUACGCCAUGAAAUGUCUGGACAAGAAGCGCAUCAAGAUGAAGCAGGGGGAGACAUUGGCCUUGAACGAGCGCAUCAUGCUGUCCCUCGUCAGCACUGGGGACUGCCCGUUCAUCGUCUGCAUGUCCUAUGCCUUCCACACACCCGACAAGCUCAGUUUCAUCCUGGACCUCAUGAACGGCGGGGACCUCCACUACCACCUGUCCCAGCACGGUGUCUUCUCCGAGGCCCACAUGCGCUUCUACGCGGCCGAGAUCAUCCUGGGCCUGGAGCACAUGCACAGCCGCUUUGUGGUCUACCGGGACCUCAAGCCAGCCAACAUUCUCUUGGAUGAACAUGGCCACGUGCGCAUCUCGGACCUGGGCCUGGCCUGCGACUUCUCCAAGAAGAAGCCCCAUGCUAGCGUGGGCACCCACGGCUACAUGGCUCCUGAGGUCCUGCAGAAGGGUGUGGCCUACGACAGCAGUGCGGACUGGUUCUCCCUGGGCUGCAUGCUCUUCAAGUUGCUGCGGGGGCACAGUCCCUUCCGGCAGCACAAGACCAAAGACAAGCACGAGAUUGAUCGCAUGACAUUGACGAUGGCAGUGGAGCUGCCUGACUCCUUCUCCCCCGAGCUUCGCUCCCUGCUGGACGGUUUGCUACAGAGGGAUGUCAACCGCAGGCUGGGCUGCCGGGGCCGAGGGGCGCAGGAGGUGAAAGAAAGCCCCUUCUUCCACUCCCUGGACUGGCAGAUGGUGUUCCUGCAGAAGUACCCACCCCCCCUCAUCCCUCCACGAGGGGAGGUGAAUGCAGCCGACGCCUUUGACAUCGGCUCCUUCGACGAGGAGGACACCAAAGGCAUUAAGUUGCUGGACAGCGACCAGGAGCUCUACCGCAACUUCCCCCUCACCAUCUCGGAGCGGUGGCAGCAGGAGGUGGCAGAGACCGUGUUUGACACCAUCAACGCCGAGACGGACCGGCUGGAAGCCCGCAAGAAAACCAAAAACAAGCAGCUGGGCCAUGAGGAAGACUACGCGCUGGGCAAGGACUGCAUCAUGCAUGGCUACAUGUCCAAGAUGGGGAACCCCUUCCUGACGCAGUGGCAGCGGCGCUACUUCUACCUGUUCCCCAACCGGCUGGAGUGGCGGGGCGAGGGCGAGGCCCCGCAGAGCCUGCUGACCAUGGAGGAGAUUCAGUCUGUGGAGGAGACGCAGAUCAAGGAGCGGCGCUGUCUGCUGCUCAAGAUCCGCGGCGGCAAACAGUUCGUCCUGCAAUGCGACAGCGACCCCGAGCUGGUGCAGUGGAAGAAGGAGCUGCGAGAUGCUUACCGAGAGGCCCAGCAGCUGGUGCAGCGGGUGCCUAAGAUGAAGAACAAGCCGCGCUCGCCCGUGGUGGAGCUCAGCAAGGUGCCCCUGGUCCAGCGGGGCAGUGCCAACGGCCUCUGAGCGCCGCCACCCGCCUUUUAUAAACCUCUAAUUUAU